GGCAGAAACCCCUCGGCUUUUUCCUGCCAUUGGUAAAUUUUCUGCUUCUCUCUAAAAAUAAAAUCUUCUAAUUCUCUGUUUCUCUCUCUAGAAUCUAUCGAUUUCCGAUUACUGAUUUGUGGUUUUACGGUAAGGGGUUUGGAAAACCUCCAUUUUUUUUUGAUCAAGUAUUUCUGUAUUUUUGUUAUCUGAUGAUUUUGUUGAGUUUUGUUUAGUGUAAUUGUUCUGUGUUAGAAUCGACGGUAUAUGUUGCAGUAAUCAGUUGUGCCGACGGAGAAUAGUUGGGGAGAAGACCAGCAGUAUAUACAGGUUGAUUGAGAUUUUAAGUAUUUCUGUUUAAUGUUAUGUAUUUGAGUAUCUGAUUGAGAAUUACUCAGUUUAUUGAUUUGAAGUGAGUGUUAAGUUGAACUUUAUUGAAAAUUCUCAAUGUGUUUGUAGGGGGAAUAUCAUUUUGAAUUUGAAUUUUGCAUAUUUGUUGAGAAAAAUUGGGGGUUUCUCCCUUAACUUCUUUUUGGGUGUAAUCCUAAACUUUGUUAGUUAUUUUUAAAGUUAAUAGACCAUAAACCGAACGAAACAAAAACACCAAGUGAUUUUUUCAUGUAUCUUAGCCUUGUUGGAUAGAGUGGAGAGAGGUAUCUCAGUAUAGGUAUUAUGUGGUAUUAGUCUAGGAUGAUACAAUUUUUUGGUAGCUUCUUUUCUCUCUGCCUCUUGAAAAUACAUUUUUCUUUAUAAUUACACGUGUUUGCCGUUGAAAGGGAGGGUCUGUGUGAAAUAUUGUGUUUUUGCAUUAUAUGGUAUUAGAUCUUUUAUCUUUAUGGCUGUGUGAGUUAUUGUGCUUUUGUAUUAUAUGGUAGUAGAUAUUUUAUCUUUAUGGUUGAUUAGGGGUGUUUGUAUUUGCCUUCUUUUUUGGAUGUAUUAUGUGUUUAGGGUUGUGAAAUACGAGGAACAAUACAUUGCAUCUCUUACUCUGUUCAAUUUGUUUGAUCACGGAUAGAAUUUGUGUCGCUAGCAAAUGUUCUUUUUCGUGCCCCUUCUUGUUUUUGAGUAGUCUGAAAUGGACAUUACUUCGUUGCAGAUGUGCAGUUGCCAGUUUAUUGAAUGCUUUUUGUUAACCAGGGUCUGGUCUAUAAGUUUUGUAAUGUUAAGUCCAAAUUUAGUAUAUUCUCACUACUCUCAAGCAGUGUUCAGGAAAGCAAAGCGAUGCGAGCCUUCUACGCUUCAAUGAGUAUGUGAGCGCUUCAUCGCAUGCUUCAUCGCUUAAAGCGUGAAGCGGGGCCUAAUCGCUUUUUUCCGCUUCACGCUUCCCUGAACACUGCUCUCAAGUAUCUAAUGUAUCUGUUCAUCAUGCUGUUCACUAUAAAAAAAUCCGUAUCAGAAGCAUCAAUAGGUUCUCCAUAAAGAUGGUUCUAAUUUUGGUAUGUAUUUUAUUUUGCCUAUGUCUGAUUUCUCCAAAGAAUUUUUGAUUAGAUGAAAAGUAGUAUUAGACAUCAUGUUCAUUUUGAUCAAUAAUAAUAGUCAAUACAUAACAGCUUUGAAUGCUAUUGUAAUUUAAUUCAAUCUUAACAUGCUUCUCCUGCUUGUUUUUUUUCCUUAUCUAGCCUCUUUAAUUGCAUGUUCACUUAUUUGGGAAGUUGAAAAUAUAUUUGGGCUCCAUACUGGUUGGUAUAUCACCAAUUGUUGUUUUUACUAUUAUGUGCAUUUAAAUGAAGUGACAGGAUAUAGUUUGUCAAUGGAGUAUGACAAUGAAGAACAUGGUUUUAUUAGUGUUCCGGCUCCUGAGUUUGGUGCAAUUUUUAUGUCAAACAUUGCAACAAAGAGAGAGUGCUUUAAGCAUAGUGUCUUUGGCCUUCCAUUGUCCAUGGGUAAUUUUGUGAAGGAGGUCAAAAAAGGAAUGAUCCUGUUCCUAUUUGAAUAUGAAAGGAGACAGCUUUUUGGAGUGUAUCGGGCUAUCUCAGACGGUGGAAUGAACAUUGUACCCCAUGCAUUUAGUUCUUCUGGGAAGCAGUUUUCUGCGCAGGUCCAAUUUGAGCCGAUUUGGCGUUGUAGUCCACUAUCUGAAGAUGAGUUCCGUGAUGCCAUUAGGGAGAACUACUUUUCAGCAAGGAAGUUCCACUUUGGUCUGUCUGAUGAGCAGGUUCAUAGGCUUCUUAGAUUGUUUAGUUCAAGAAAGUUAAAGAAUAAGUUACCCCUGAGAAAGCUCACAACUGGAGUGAGCAAUGGAAUUGACGAAGACCAUAUAAUGGUCAGUAACAAAUCCUAUACAUUAAGCGGUGGCUUUAAUAUCAAACGUUCUAAUGCUGAUUUAAGGCCUUUGCUGUCAAGAGGACAUCCAAGGUCAUUCCAUGGAGUAAAAAGAGUCCCCGAUGAUAUGUUUCCAAUUGAGCACAGAGAGAAGAAUGAAUAUAUAGUUGAUUCUGCUGAACAUCUCUACUAUAAUGAUAAGAAGAGAAAAAUAGGUUAUGAUGAAGCAUUAUCGAGGGAUAAUGCUGCAGAAGAUAAGCUUCAUGUUCAUUCGCCCACUGAAGAAUUAGGAUUUCCUGGAGAUGAUGAGUGGUCUUUGAAUGACAGGGUAAAGAGGAAGCAUAAAAUAAACACAAAUUGUACUCCUGCCCCCUCCAACUACAUGGAAGAUUCUGACCUCAGAAGAACAGUUCAUGAUGCAAAUUUAGUGGUAAGAGAUCAGAUAGUAAAGGAAAAUAACAUGGAUAGUAAUUUUGGUCCGGGCAGAUCAAAUGAGUCAGACAAUGCUAGAACUAGACUUGGUGCUCAUUAUGCUGGUUUUUCAAGGAACAAUAAUGUGGAUGGAGUACAUAGCAUGGAUAAUUCUCAUGAGCCUUCCCUUUCUAGGAAGAAUAGAAGUGAUCCCUUUUGGAAUGUUGGAACUGCAAGUGAUAAUUGGCCGAAGACCUUGGAUGAUAGAGUACGGGGGAAAAAGAGCCAUUUGGACCCUGAUAUUAAUCCUACAAUUGUGUCUGAGCGCUUUGUGAACUCACCCUACAAGAAAAAAGGAAUGCAUAAAGAUGGUAGAUUAUUCAGAAGAGAGAUAAGCGGAAAUGAAUCUAAGUUUCGUACAGGAAUCAUAAGAGAGUUUGAUCAUCAAGAGGCCACUGAUGAUGAUGUAUGCUUCCUUUCUAGGCGUAAAGGAGCAAAUGAAAAAUGUGCUGACAGAUUUCUUAUCCCAACUGCUUCAAAUGGGAACUCCGCCUAUGCCGGAGAUGUAGGUAGACAAAUGGCUGAAGUUGGUAGUUAUCCAAUGAAUGAUUUUGAUGGGUUGGUCCCUGGUACAGAGAACUUAAAGAGGCCUCUCUCCGGGGCUGAUUGUACUGUGUACUCUCCAAUGAAGAAAAGAACCCCAGGGUACUCCACCAAAUUUCUUGCUGGAACAGAAUUUCCUCAGUCAACAGAGGGACAAAAUCUUGGUCAGUCUUGCUCUAAAUUCCAUGAUGCAACAAUUACAAGAGUCAUGCCAUAUAAGGAUGAGCUAGCAAAUUCUUGUUAUGGACAUACCGAGACAUACGAAGUUGAACAGGGUUCAAUCUUUGUGCGAGGGCCACCUUCUUCCAAUGUGUAUAGAGAGAAUAACUUUGCAUCAUCUAAAGGUAUAUCUUCUCCAUAUUCCCAUCCUGAAUUUACAAAGAAGGGCCUGGAAUCAGCUUCUGAAGGUGGAAAAAUGGUUCUGCUUUCGCAAGAUGGGUUCAGCAAUCCUCUUAUAAAUGUUGGAAUUUCUGAGUCGGUGGAACCGAAUAGGUCUGGUUCUUUUGGUAAUAGAACUGCUUUCAUUUCAAGGGCAUCUAUUGUUCCACAGUUAACUAGGCAUGAUAUUAAUGAGGGUGAAACUUGGAGAUUUUCAUCUCAAGCUGCCCUUGGUUCAAUUGCUAGAAAUUCCUUUUCUGGUAAUUAUCAAUGUGCGGAUGAGCAGAUAGCUGAUGGGCAUGUUAUAUGGCAAGGGAGUGAUGCAACUCAUGUUGGAAGAAGAUCUCGCUCUCCUAACACUAGUUGGUUGCUCCAAGGAAAUGUUUUGACAAAUCUUGACUAUGCCAACAGACCUGGAGCUGAUGUCGUUAAUGAUGAAUACGAGAACAACAGAUUGACGAAAAUUGUUCAUUCUGAUUCCAGAAAUUCCAGAAGAAGUGUUUUUAGUCGCUUAUCUUUGGCUCCUAAAGUACAUAAGCCAAGAGAACAAGAAUUUGAUUAUAGUAUGAGCUUCGAUGAACAUUAUAUGGAUACAACAGUUGAUGAAAUCAUGGACUUGUUAUACGAGGAUCAGAAAAUUGUACCAAAAAAGCCAUUGAACCGUAAACCAUUUAUCCGAAAAGUUGGUUCUGGUGAAACUAAUAGGUCAGGAAAACAUGCUUCAGUUGUCAAAAAUGAUGCAGAGCAGACUGCUGAUUCAAUGACGAGAGUUCUCAAAGAAAGUUCAAAUGAAGUUCUUGAAGAAACCAUGAACCAUAUUCUGGCAGAGACCAGAAUGGUGGAUUUUAAGCGCAGGAGGGAGACGAAUCGAACUUCAGAACAGAGUACUGUUAAAUUAAACAAAGAAGAAGAGACAAAUGCUAAUGAAUACACAGUCCUUCAGAAUGCACAGGGAAACAGUUCUCAAACUGCAGUGGCUAAGGAUUCAGCUGAUAAGCCAUUCAAGCGUAGGAAGCUUGUGCGUCCAGUAUUUGAUGAGAACAAUUGUAGGAGUGAUUUGAAUCACCAACUUCCUUGUCAGACACUUGACACGGCUAAAACAGGUAACUCAGAUUCGAUCGAGGUUCAGCCCGCUCUCUAAUAAUUAAACUAUCUAGGUGAGCAACAAACUCCAUAGUCAUCAAGUUGUCCAACAUGCUUACUCAAGAGGCGGUUUGCAUACACCGAAGCUUUGUAUAUGAUGAUGACGAGGCUGAACGUAGGCAGCACCAUGAUUGUAUACUAAAAUCAUGUAAUAUACGACUGUUUUCAGAUCUUAUGUCGAUCUGCAACUCAAGUUUUGUGGAAGUUGGAUUUUGUUAUGCAAAUGAACAAAUUCACCCCUUGUGUAAAUUUGAUAUUUGCUUACUUCAUUUUGCUCCGCAUUAUAACAUUUUCUUAUUUUCGAUGA